AGCGGGAGUCCAGAGCGGGCGCCCAGCAGGUGCCCAGACUGAGUGUGGCCCUGGUCCCAGAGGCGGCACAAUCCACCCUGGUCCCGUCGUGGCUCCCAGAACUCCGCAGAGGACGGGACGAGGAGCCGGCGGCGGGACUGCUGGGCGCCCGGAGCGCCAGUUAAAUAUUAACCCUCCGCUCCCCGGGUCCACGCGCUGCCUGGAGCUGCGCUCCGCCCUGGCUUCCCAGGGGCACCAUGCCUGGCCUGUACUGCCCCUCCAGCUGGACGCCGCUGCCCCUCACGGACUCCUGGGUCCGGGCCUGCGCCAACGGACCCUGUCUCAGCCUGCGGGCCCGGCUCACCUACCACAACCCGCAGCCGCAGCCAGUGGACGGCGUGUUCGUGUAUCCGCUGGCCGAGGCCGAAGUGGUUUCGGGCUUCGAGGCAGAGGCGGCAGGACGGCGCGUCUCCUUCCAGCUGCAGAGCCGGCGCCGCUCGCAGGCCGCCUGCUGCCGCGCGCUGGGUCCCGCGCUGGGGGCCUCAACGCCCCGCCGCUGCGCGCAGGGUCAUCUUGUCUUGGAUCUGGCCCAGGCCCGGUCCACGCUGGUGCUGCCCACAGGCCUCAUCGCCGCGGCCGGCACCAUGACAGUGACCCUGCACAGCAGCCGGGAGCUGCCCUCCAGGCCUGACGGGGUGCUGCACGUGGCUCUACCCUCUGUGCUCACCCCUCUGGCCCCUCCAGGCCCGCCGGGGCCCCCCAGGCCUCCGGGGCUCUGUGACGACAGCCCCACCAGCUGCUUCGGAGUGGGCAGCCCCGAGGGGGAAGGGCCGGCCUGGGAGGAGCCAGCUGCCCCUCGGGACGUGUUCUCAGGCCCUGCCCGCUGCCCUGCCCCAUACACCUUCUCCUUUGAGAUGCUGGUGACUGGGCCAUGCCUGCUGGCAGGCCUGGAGAGCCCCUCUCAUGCUCUGCGGGCAGAUGCACCCCCUCAUGCCAGCUCUGCAGCCACCAUCUGUGUCACACUGGCAGAGGGCCACCACUGUGACCGGGCCUUGGAGAUCCUGCUGCACCCCAGUGAGCCCCACCAGCCACACCUGAUGCUGGAGGCUGGCAGCCUGAGCUCAGCAGAAUACGAGGCCCAGGUGAGGGCCCGCCGGGAUUUCCAGAGGCUGCAGCGAAGGGACAGUGAUGGGGACCGGCAGGUGUGGUUCCUGCAGCGACGCUUCCACAAGGACAUCCUGCUGAACCCCGUGCUGGUGCUGAGCUUCUGCCCGGACCUGAGCUCCAAGCCUGGACACCUGGGCACAGCCUCGCGGGAGCUCCUCUUCCUGGUGGAUGGCAGCAGCGUGGCACACAAGGAUGCCAUCAUUUUGGCUGUGAAGUCACUCCCGCCCCAGACACUCAUCAACCUGGCCAUGUUUGGCACGUCAGUGCAGCCCCUCUUCCCAGAGAGCCGGCCUUGCAGUGAUGAUGCCGUGCAGCUCAUCUGUGAGAGCAUUGAGGCCCUGCAGGCUGUGGUCGGCCCUCCAGAUGUGCUGGCUGUGCUGGACUGGGCCCUGGGGCAGCCCCAGCACAGGGCCCACCCUCGGCAGCUCUUCCUGCUCACCGCUGCUUCACCCCUGGCCACCGUUACCCACCAAACCCUGGAGCUCGUGAGGUGGCACAGGGGGGCAGCCAGGUGCUUCUCCUUUGGGCUGGGGCCUGCCUGCCGCCAGCUGCUCCAGGGCCUGUCUGCUCUUAGCCGGGGCCAGGCCUACUUCCUGAGGCCUGGGGAAAGGCUUCAGCCCAAGCUGGUGCAGGCUCUGCGGAAGGCACUGGAGCCCGCAUUGAGCGACGUCUCUGUAGACUGGUUUGUUCCUGAUACGGUGGAGGCACUGCUGACUCCUCGGGAGAUCCCAGCACUCUACCCUGGGGACCAGCUGCUCGGUUACUGCUCACUCUUCAGGGUGGAUGGCUUCCGGUCCCGCCCCCCUGGGGGCCAAGAGCCUGGCUGGCAGAGCUUGGGCGGUUCCGUGUUCCCAUCCCCAGAGGAAGCACCAUCUGCCACCAGCCCUGGAACUGAGCCCACUGGCACCUCAGAGCCACUGGGAACAGGCACUGUGUCAGCAGAGCUGUCCAGCCCGUGGGCUGCUGGGGACUCAGAGCAGAGUACUGAUGCUCUGACAGACCCAGUUACGGACCCUGGACCUAACCCCUCCUCUGAAACAGCCAUAUGGCGCCGCAUCUUCCAGUCCUCAUACAUCCGGGAGCAGUAUGUGCUCACCCACUGCUCUGCCAGCCCAGAGCCAGGCCCAGGCUCCACAGGCAGCAGCGAGUCCCCAGUCUCCCAGGGCCCUGGCUCCCCAGAAGGCAGUGCUCCCCUGGAUCCCCCUUCUCAGCAGGGCUGCCGCAGCCUGGCCUGGGGAGAACCUGCAGGCUCCCAUUCCUGCCCCUUGCCUCCACCCCCACUGGCUCCAGUCAAGACUGGGGCCUUGAGUGCUGAGGUGCUGGGCCGUCGAUGCAGAGCAGCUCUGGCUGGUCGAAGCCUCUCAUCACCCCCAGGCCGGGCCAACCCAGUCCCUGGCCAUCCCCGACACCCAUCUCUAGAUGUAGCACCAGAUGGGCCAGGCCCUGAGCCAGGGCAGCAGCUGGGACAGGGCCUGGAUGACUCAGGAAACCUGCUCUCCCCGGCUCCCAUGGACUGGGACAUGUUGAUGGAACCACCGUUCUUGUUCACAGCUGUUCCUCACAAUGGGGAGUUGGCCACUCCCCCAGUACCACUGCCUCCCCAGGCUCCACGCUGCCACGUGGUGAUCCGGGGCCUGUGUGGGAAGCAGCCUAUGUGCUGGGAGGUGGGUGUUGGGCUGGAGACAUUAUGGGGGCCUGUGGAUGGUGGCUCACAGCUUCCAUCACCCCCUGAAAGAGAAAGUGCGUGGGACCAAGCACUCCAUCGACUGACAGCAGCUUCUGUGGUCCGGGACAAUGAGCAGCUGGCUCUCCGAGGAGGGGGCGAGACCAUGACUGACCAGGGCCAUGCCCGGAGGUCCUGGCUCCGAGCCCUUCAGACAAGCAAGGUCAGCUCUGCUCCCUCCUGCUUCACCUGCCCUGUAGCUGUGGAUGCCACCACCAGGGAAGUCCUGCCCACAGCCCUGCAGGUGCGGAGCUCAGAGCCAGCCGAGCCCCCAGGCACCUCUCCUGGCUCUCAGGGCCAUCUAGAUGCAGCUCCUCUGCCCACAGUUGUCCACUCUAAAGAACUUCAGGGAGGCUCUCUGGCAGGUGGCUGGGACCUGGAUCAAAAUGGCAACUCCAACUCUGCUUUGGGAGACUCUGCAGUGGCCCCCGGAAGUCCUCAUCACCUGUCCCCCCAGCCUCCCUCUCAGCUUAGCCUGGGGCAUCGCAAGGCCAGAGGCCCAGGCAGCCAUAGACUCUGCAGCCCCAACAGCAGCCAGGCCAAUGACAGCAACAGUGAAGGCAGCCCCCACGAUUACUUGCCCUUGGUUCGGCUGCAGGAGGCGCCUGGGUCCUUUCGCUUGGACGCGCCCUUCUGCGCCGCGGUGCGCAUCUCACGGGAGCGCCUGUGCCGCGCCUCUCCCUUCGCAGCGCAUCGCGCCAGCUUGAGCCCCACUUCGGCCUCCUCUCCCUGGGCACUUCUAGGACACGGUGUCGGCCAAGGCGACAGUGCCACGGCCUCCUGUAGCCCAUCCCCCAGCUCAGGCUCCGAGGGUCCAGGCCAGGUAGACAGUGGGCGGGGCUCAGACACCGAGGCCUCGGAAGGGGCCGAAGGGCCUGGUGGUGUGGACCUGCGUGGCCGGACUUGGGCCACAGCUGUGGCGCUUGCCUGGCUGGAGCACCGCUGUGCCGCUGCCUUUGGCGAAUGGGAACUGGCAGCAGCUAAGGCGGACUGUUGGCUGCGGGCACAGCACCUGCCUGACGGCCUUGACCUGGCCAACCUCAAGGCUGCAGCCCGGGGUCUCUUCCUGCUGCUACGCCACUGGGACCAGAACCUGCAGCUGCACCUGCUGUGCUACAGCCCAGCAAACAUGUGA